AUGGACCGCAAUCUAUAAUCCUGCUUCUAAGAAUUUCAAGUGAAAAGAAACUAAAAUUUUUUAUAUAAAAAAUAUGUCAAUAAGGUAAUGAUGUAAUAAAAAAAUAGACUAACAAAGAGAAAUUGGCAGAUGAGGAAUUAAGAUAGAAAUUUAUAGCUUAAGCCUAUAAAUAUGUUGGAGUUCCUUAUCAUAGCAGAUAUCAUGAUGAAACCUCUCCUCACUUUAAUGCUCCUUUAUAUUUAGAUUGUUCUGGAUUAAUAAGGUAGGUAAUUUAUGAUCUAAGAGAAUAUUUUGGAUUUACUUUAGGAAAAUGGAAUUAAGCUUAUUAAUAUGAUUUACUUGAUAAGGAGAUUGAAUUUUAAGACUUAAAACCAGGGGAUUUAAUCUUUCUUUCUGGAACUUACUUUGAUAAAUCUUGUAGGGCUUUCCAACAUAAUAUAGUUCAUGUUGAAAUAUAUCUUGGGGAAGAAAAAACUAUAGCUGCAAGAUGGUAAAAAGGUAUAAUUCAAGAAUUUGAAACUUACAAGUUUGAAUCACAAAAUUAUUAUGACGUUAAAUAUCAUUUUAAAUCUAUACAACCAUGGUUAGAAGGUAAAUGUGAAAGCUUUUGUGCUGAACAUCCUUGGAGAGAUGAUAGAAAUAUAUGGGUUAGUGAUAAAUAUUCAGUUUUUGCGAAAAAUUUACAAUAAGUUUUACCUGCUGAUUUUGUUCAAAAACAAAGAGUUUAUGUUGGACAAGGCAACAAUGCAGAAUUAAUUAAAUCUUAUUUCAGAAAUAAGAAUUACGAAUUAAUGGAUACAGUUUAAGAUGCUUUUAAAAAUGAUUAUUUUUUCAAAUGGGUUUAAUGUCCAUAAAGCAUUAAUUAUUAUGAAUUUAAACCAAGCUAAUAAAUUGUAUUUUUAUUUAGAUAUCAUAGAUCAAUCAUAUUCCUAAAGCAUCUCAUAAUUUAGGACUCAAAAUAUCAAUGUUAGAGUUAUUGAGAGAAAAUUAAUGUGAAGAUGUUUUACCAAAGACUUUUAGAUUAAAUUAAAUUACAGAAGUUAUUGAAUUCUUGAAAGAUAAUGAAGCUGGUAUUUGGAUAUUGAAACCUUAUAAUUUGAAUUGCGGUAGAGGCAUUAAAUUCAUUAGUGACAUUUCCAGAUUUAAACAAGAUCUUCACCAAAAAAGAUAAUAUUAAAUUGGCGACUAUUACAAAGUAUAUGUAGAAAACGAAAGGAAUAAACUUAAGCAAGAAAUUCAAGAUCAUUUGGGAAUCCAAGAAAACCUUGAUAAUGAAAAAUAAUUAAAAUAUGAUGACAUCAAUCCUAUGUCUAUUAUAUAAAAAUAUAUUGAAAAACCACUUUUACUUGAUUGCAGAAAGUUUGAUAUAAGAUGCUAUGCUUUAAUUGCUUAAGUUAAACCGUACACUGUACUCUUUCAUCAUGGUUAUGCUAGAUUAAGCAUUUUUGAGUAUACUUUAGAUGAUAUUGAAAAUGAAUAGAAUAAAAUUAUACAUCUUACUAAUAAUGCAAUUUAAAAAACUCAUCCAAAAUAUAAAGAAAAAAAAGAAAGUUCCAUAUGGACUAUGAAUCAUUUAGAAUAAUAUUUACAAGAAUUUUAUCAUUAUUAACCAGAUUAAAUUAAAACAAUUAGAGAAUAAAUUAAGUAAAUUUCUCAUAGAAUCUUCAAGGCUGGAUAAAAAAAAAUUCAAGCUGGAGGACAAAAAGGAGAAUUUGAACUAUUUGGACUUGAUUUUAUAAUAGACUCAAAUCUGAAAGUUUACUUUUUGGAAGCUAAUAUAAAUCCUGCUUUAUUUACCGAGAAUCCUAAUUUAAAAUAAAUUAUUCCCUCUGUUGUUGAAUAAACUUUAGAUAUUAUCUUAGCAAUUAAUAAUAAUCAAGAUUAUUAGUUGGGAACAUUUGAAUAAUUAAUUAUUGAAUAAUAAUGA